AUGAGCCAUACAGGCGGUUUCAAAGGGCCUCAUUCAACGUAUCUUGACUCAGUCAGGGUGAUAGAGUGCUCCGGAAUGCAAUGUGAAAGCGAGACGAUUCGUUUAGAUGUUGUCAACCUAGACAUCCAAGCGUAUCAACUCCGUGCCUCUGAACCCGAGAAUUUAUCGCAGGACCAUGACGGUGAGAAACAAGAUGAAUACUCUCCCCAAGCACGGGUGAUGCCAUUGCCAAACAAGGAACUAGAUGCAACAAAAGCUAAUGACGGAGUAUUAGUCGGAUUUUCGUGGCGCAAGCUUGAUCCCAGAACGAUCACCUGGAACCGCCUUAUUCUUCUAUAUGGCCCCCCUGGAACAGGGAAAACAAGCCUGUGCCGUUCAUUAGCCCAAAAGCUAGCAAUUCGCCUAGGGAGACAGUUCCCUCAGAGUAAAUUAGUCGAGAUCAACGCUUAUUCUCUAGGUAGUAAAUAUUUCAGCGAGAGUGGUAAGUUGGUGGCCAAAAUGUUUAGCAUGGUGGAAAGCAUGCUAGAGGACGAGCCUGAUACGCUGGUCUGUGUCUUCAUGGACGAGGUUGAGACCAUGACGGCCCAGAGAGAACAAACAUUAAGUGGAAAUGAUCCCCUUGAUGCAAUGAGAGCUGUUAAUUCUCUUCUCAUGUCCUUGGAUCGGUUAAGACAGCACCCGAAUGUAAUCGUGCUCUGCACAAGCAAUCUCCUUUCUGCCUUAGAUAAAAAGGUUUAUAAUGUCAUAUUAACAUCAAUGCAGGACUCAGCGUUCCUUGACAGGGUUGAUAUCAAACAAUUCGUUCCACCACCUUCAGAAAUUGGGGUAUAUGAGAUCUUCAGGGGCUGUUUAGAGAGCCUGAGUAAAUGUGGUCUGAUAGAAGGAUCAAGAUUCGACGUUGCCCCAGUUGAUCCAACUGACACAGCCACGGAGCUCAAGUACAUUAUCGAGCCUGCCGAGUGCCUCGUACUACCUACUUAUGGAGAGAUGCAGUUAUGGUAUCAACUGUUUCCAUCAUCCAUCCCAAAACAACUAGCUGACAUUGCACAAGUGAGCGUCGUAAGUGACAUGAAUAUACAUCACUCUCAGCGCAUUCGUGUCCUCUUUUAA